CUGUGGCGGCGGCGGUGCCGGCACGGCCCAACCCCCGCGGGCGGGACGGGAUAGGCCGGGCCAUGGCGAGCGGGACCGCGGGCUCUUGGAGCGAGUGGCCCGUGGACCAUUUCCUCCGCUCCGGGUGCAUCACGGCGCGGGACGGGGCCGCCGUGCGCUGGUUCCACGCCGCCAACAGCAGGGCCCGGGCGGCCGCGGCUGCGCGAAGCAAUGUGCACAUGGUAGAAGCUGAUGUUCUCCUCCGUGGUGGGGAGGGAGGGAAGGGAGACCCGAUCCUGGCUCACCCCCCUGACACAGACAGUGACAUCACACUGCAGGAGUGGCUGACACAGAUGGUCAACACCAAUAAAGGCAUCAAGCUGGAUUUUAAGAGCCUGGACGCCGUGGGACCAUCCCUGGAGCUGCUGGGGCAGGUGGAGCAGCAGCUGAGGAGACCUGUGUGGAUCAACGGGGACAUCCUGGCGGGGCCCGGUGGGAGCCGCCCGGCGCUGAAUGCUCAGAGCAUCCUCAGCACCGUCACCUCGACCUUCCCCGACAUCACCCUGUCCCUGGGCUGGACCACAGGCUGGCACGGCCACCACCACGGGCAAGGGUACGACUGGGGGAUGGUGGAGGAGAUGUCCCAGCUGUGCCAAGCCCUGUCCCAGCCCGUGACAUUCCCUGUCAGGGCCAUGCUAGUGCCGUGCUCCCUCCCUGCUCUCCGAUGGCUGAUCCAGCAGUCAGACAGGUACAGCCUCACUGUUUGGACAGGAAAGGACGACAUAUAUUCUGUAGAGGAUUUGCUUUCCAUCCGAGAAAAUUUUGAUAAAAGUAGGGUUUAUUAUGACAUUUUCGAGCCGCAAAAUUCUGAAUUCAAAAAAGCCAUUGGAAUAGAACAGUAAAUGCAAAGCAGGCAAUGCCUGACGUUACAAUGCUCUAUAUUGUAAUUUCUUUCAAAUGUGAGGAUUUCUUGUUCAGAGAAAUGCAUUUUCCUUGCAAGAGAAGCCAUAUUGAGCACACUUCUGGUUACUGGAGGAGAUUUUAUACAACACUGGGGAAAGGCUUCUCAAACAGAAAUCCAGUGCCUUCUUCAGUGUUCCCUCCUCCCCAUGUGGGAUCCUGGGGGCUCCACAUCCCAGAAGGGGAGAAGGGCUGUUUGUACUGAGUUAGCCCUGGUGGAGUUCUGUGUCCUGUGGUCACUGUGCCCCAUCAAAGCUGAGUGGGAGUGGGGAGGGGGCUGCAGAAGGGGCUGGGACAGCCCCGGGGGUGAUCCUGACCUGGCCCGGAGCACAGGGAGGGGUCCUGGCAAGGAGCACAUUGGGCACAGUCAGAGAGCUGAGCUGUGACAGAGCAGUGCUGGUGCCUCUCUCAAGGGCUUGGAAUCUCAGAACUUGCGUGUGAGAUGUUCCCCUGCCAUGUCUCUGGCAGCCAGAGAGCAAAGGAGCUGCAGGGAGAUCAGUGAUUGCAGCAAAAACAGCUAAUUUCUGUGAUCACAGGUAUUUUCUGCGUUGUCCUGAUUUUUGUGCAUCCCUUUAACUGACAGGACUUCACAAAUUUUCACAAGUGGAAGUUCCCUCUGAGAAAAGCUAAAACCCUGCUGACUACUGCAGGAAGAGCCUGACCUGCUUCAUUUAAACCAUUUGUUUUGCCCGUUUUGCUUCUACAGCCUUCAGAAUUCACUCAGACUGAGCUACCAGCUGUGCGUUAUUGCCUCUGCCUGACAUUACAAACAAUACAAACAAAACCACAGUGUCAGAGGAGGUUUUGAUUUCUGGGUAAAAGCUGAUGCCCUGAGCAGGGAUUGCCAUUUCUUCUUGUCCUCCUGUUCCCAUUCCUCUCACAUGGUUCCUGUGGGAAUUGGAUUGAUAUGGAUGUUGAACACAACUCCUUUUAGGCUGUUAGUGCUGAAGUUAAUUACAGCAGUUUUUGGUUCUUACAUAGCCCUGGUACAGCUGUGGUAGAAAAAUUAGUUACAUUUCCUAAUCCUAAAUUUUGAAACAUGGUGAUUUCACACAGUCACUAAAAUCCAAGACUCCCUGCUGUUACCUAUGGCUCCUUUGACAGCUCCAUCUAAUAAUUGUUCUGUGUUAUUGAGGGGUAGAGCCUUCCUCAUUUUUGUUACCUACUAAGGUAUAUGUGGGUAAAAUUAGCAAAAAUUUUUCCAUAUAAGGAAGAAACUAUCUGGUUGUACUUGGGAUAGUUAAACAAAGUACUUAAUUUAAUUUAUUCCACCAGGCCAAGUGAGUGGCCAUAACCACCAAAGGGUCAGGUUUGCAACUGUGAUUCCUUUAAUGAGGUUGGGGAAAGUACUUAUUUUUCAGCCACAGUUUGUUGCAGGCAGUUGCAUUCAUUGACUUAAGGGAUUUCAUCUCUCAGUGUUUAGGCCUUUUUGGGUCUACACACACAGACUGUUCUGUUAUUUAGAAACCUUUUUCCCAUUGACCAGUUCUCACCUGAAGUACUGGGAUUUGUUAAACUUUGUAAACUAUUUGUAAACUAUUGAAUAAAAACCAUCAGCAAUUGCUAGAAGUAUUUUUAAAGAAGAUAUAUCUCUCAGUAAUAUCUGUGAAUGUGAAUAAACAGGGAUAUUCAGAUAAAAUUAAAAGAAGACAUGAUCUGGAUUACCAGGAAAAUUGAUGUAGGCAAUUAAUUUAAGACAUGUAAAACUAGAUUAAACAAAUGCUAGGAAUUAGUUCUAUGAAGCAUUCUUGUGAAGACAGAAGAGUUUGGCUAUGUGGUGAAUUGUAUAGAUUUUCCUACAUAUCUAAAUUUCUGUAUGUAUUUUUUACCCAUAGGUCUCUGCUAGUUCCAUGUGAACUCGUUUAUGUCAGUCUGGUCUGAGUUGCACAUAAAUAAAUUCAUUUGAAUUUCUUA